AUGAACAGCAAGGGAGGCAAACAAAGAAAUAAAGCAAAUGAACAACGGGAGAAGCAAAUGGCAAGAAAAAAAAGAAAAUGGCAAAAGAAUGGUGAGGGAGGCCAACAAGAAAAGAAGAAGCAAGAAAACAAGACAAACGGCAAGAAAAAAGCAAGGAAGACAAAACGAACAGCAAGGAAGACAAAACGAACAGCAAGAAAGGUGAAUAGUAAGAGAAUAAUGAGGAGGCAAACAAAGAAAAAAGAAAACAAACAGCAAGGAAGGCAAAUGAUAAGAAAAAGAAGUGAACAAAGAAAUAAAAAAGUGAACGAACAACAGGAGAAGCAAAUGACAAGAAAGAAAGAAAAAUGGCAAGAGAAUGGUGAGAGAGACCAACAAGGAAAGAAGCAAGGAAGACAAGAUAAAUGGCAAGGAAAGCGAAUAGUAAUAGAAUAG